AUGGAGCUUCUCUGGCACCUUUGCGUCGUUUUCCAAACCGUCGAAUCCUCCACGCCGGUCCCAUCACCACCAAGCUCCGAAAACACCCCGCCAGGACUUCCAACCGCCUCCGUCACAAUGGGUCAAUACUACAACCUUUUCGGCCAGAAGGUCGCCUCCCAAUACCUUGCCAUGGGUGUUCUCGGCUCCCUCUUCGGCGGUGUCUACCUCGCUUCCGGCGGCAGCAGCAAGACCCCUGCUACUCCCCCCAUCAACGCUUCCAGCUCUGAUGAGGCCGACUUCAUCAAGUACGAAGCCUUCGACUCUCCUUCAUUCUUCGUCCCUCCGGCCGCAUCAGCACCCACGUCUUCGAAGUUCCUCGAGACCUCCGAGACCACCGAGAAGCAGGCUCCCGCUGCUGCCCCCGCCAAGCACUAA